AACGCUAAUCUUCGAUCAGAGAGAGACGCUUGGACACGUUACUUGAGCACCGUUCCCGAAUUUAAUCAUCAAACACCCGGCACAAUAGUCUACAACUUGACAAAGCAAGCAGACAAAGCAGACUAUUCGCAGACAAAGCAGACUAUUCGCAGACAAAAGUGACAUUCUUGGAAAAAGAAAUGCACGACAAAGCAGAGCUUGUACAAUUGAUGAUGGACUACGUCCGUGAUGUCAAAGUUGCAAUUUUAAAGAAAGAUCGGGAAAACGUCUUAUACUGUGAACGAAACAAGUUAAACAGCGCGAGAGAGAGCAUGCUUAAGGGACAUAUUGAUAUCUUUAUAUCUCAGUUACGUCUCUACGAUGAAGCAGAAGUAGCCGAGUCUAAAACGACUUAUGAUGAAAAGAAGACGCUGCGUAUUUCCCAUCUCAAAGAACUUUUUCGUAACGUCCAGAAUAAAUUCGUUGAAGAGGGUAAACUUUACAUUAAGGCUUUGUCAAUGACUUUUUCUCUUCCCGUCGAAAACGGUCCUUAUGGAAAGCUCACAUCUGGCGCCAAAAUCACCGAGUUCUUGGAAAACGUUUACGAUGAUAAGGAAUCAGCUCUCGAAGAUUUCACGGAAUUUAAAAAUGAAGUUAAGCAGCAUUUCUCACUUUAUUCUCGUAUGAAUACUCGGGAAGACGAAAUCCCCAUCAAACAGGAACCACUUCCAUCGCCUGCACGAGAGUCAUACCCAUUCGUGGCACCUAUUAUCAAACGAGAGCAACCACCGUCACCAUCACCCACACAGGAUAUACCCGCUAAUACAUGUGUGCAUGAAGCCUCUGAGGAUGUCAGUGAAAACGUUGAUUCUGCAAACGAGCCGGAAGAGAUGGAGGUCAACAGAGUGACCGAAUAUAAUGAUGAAGAAGAAGGAUAUGAAGAGCCAGAUCAUCAUUUGGUUGAUUUGGGCUACAAAAGCGCUCAACCUGAGGAUACUACAUAUAAAUACUGA